UCCUACAUAAGCAUACUAUUUUACAAUAUCCCACCAACUCCAUAAAAAAACCCAAAUUAUACAAUACACCAACAUGAGAUAUUCACUGUAACAGUAAAAAGUAACCCAGCAUGAGCGCCAGAGGUGGAACUCCAGCCAGACCAGGGGGCGCAGCACCAGGCACUGGCGACCGAAACGGUAUAUCCUCCUGGCUUCCAAUCAUUGGAGGCUUAACCUUGGGCGUAGGACUUCUCGCCGUAAUCAUAAAACUGCUUUCUGGUGCUUCUGACGAUAAGGCUAAAUGCCUUAAGAUAGACCCUAACAAGAGGAAGUGGCCUUUGGAAGAUACCUCUAAAAGUUCAUUCAGAUAACACAGUUUUGUACUUUAAUCACAUUCUAAAUAGAAUAACUUUUACAAUAUCAAAGAAUUGAGUUCUAAAUGCCCUAAGAUAGAACCUAACAAGAGGAAGUUGCCUUUGGAAGAUACCUCUAAAAGUUCAUUCA